CCGCCGCCGCUGCUGAUGGAGAGUGAGACAGGCGGAAGGUGGGUGGGGACAUCCGAGCCAUUGUCGGGAUAAACCGAUAAACGCACCUUACGCUCGGGCGACGGAACGCUGUGCUCGCGCUAAUCCGCGUUAGAAGGAACGCGCUGGAGAAGAUUGACUGAACAAUUCGGGCUUGGCCGAGGUUUGAUUUUUGGAAUCUGACACCAUGACUGCAGAGGAGAUUAUCAACAUUAAAGAAGCGGAGAUAAUCAAGCUGAUCCUGGACUUUCUGAACUCCAGGAAGCUGCACAUCAGUAUGCUGGCGCUGGAAAAGGAGAGCGGCAUCAUUAAUGGACUUUAUUCAGAUGAUAUGCUGUUCCUGAGGCAACUUGUUUUGGACGGGCAAUGGGAGGAGGUUUUGCAGUUCAUUCAGCCUUUGGAGUGCCUGGAUAAAUUUGACAGGAAGAGGUUUCGAUAUAUCAUCCUAAAACAGAAAUUUCUGGAAGCUCUGUGUGUAAACAACGCCAUAUCUGCAUCAGAUGACCCUGAGAAUCUGGAGCUGACCAUGCAGGACGCGGUGAAGUCCCUCCAUUCCCUGGAAGAGUUCUGUCCGACUAAAGACGACUACAGCAAACUCUGUCUGCUCCUCACGCUCCCGCGCCUCACCAACCAUGCCGAAUUCAAGGACUGGAACCCCAGUACGGCCCGCGUCCACUGCUUCGAGGAAGCCUGCUCCAUGGUGGCCGAAUUCAUCCCUGCGGACCGCAAACUUAGCGAAGUGGGAUUUAAAGCCAGCGGAGACCGUCUGUUCCAGCUCCUCAUCAAAGGAAUACUCUACGAAUGUUGCGUUGAAUUCUGCCAGAGCAAAGCGACCGGAGAGGAGAUCAGCGAAGAGGAGGUUCUCCUAGCUGUCGACGUUCUGUGCGGGAACGGUUGUGAGGAAUUGGACUUGAGUUUGCUUUCCUGGCUGCAAAACCUCUCGCCAUCGGUCUUCGCUUGCGCGUUUGAGCAGAAGACCCUCAGCAUCCACGUGGACCGGCUCAUCAAACCGGCCCGGACGGGUCACGCGGACCUUCUCACGCCUCUGCUCACCAAACUCUCGCCCUGCCCGGCAUCGCCACUACGCCGACCCCAAUCGGCGGAUACUUACAUGUCUCGCUCUCUCAAUCCUGCCCUGGACGGUCUGUCGCACGGUUUGGUGGGAAGGGAAAAGAAAAGCACUGAAGGUGACGGAAAGGCAACGGCCAUGUCCCAGUCUUUCGCCAACUUUGGGUAUCCUGGGAACAAAAACGCAGUGGAGAGCAACAUCUUCGGUGAAUCGCCGGACAGAGCGCAAGCACAGGCCGAGAGGAUCAACGGCUCCGUAGAAACGAACUCACUGCGUCCUCCACUGACUCCCGGCAGGGAUGGAGGAGUCAUGGGUUCAGGUGAAACACCAGAGGAGCAGCUGCAGGAGUUCCAGCGUCAGCGUCUGCGAGUGCAACAGCAUCUUGAGCAGAAGCAGCAGCAGAGACAGCUGUACCAUCAGAUGCUGCUGGAAGGUGGAGUUCAUCCUCCAGACCAGCCCACAGACGCAGCACAGCACAACCUCACGCAGAAGUUCCUGAACAGGUCCAUUCAGAAACUGGAGGAACUGAAUGUGGGUAUGGAAGAUCUGGGAGAAGACGUCCAGGCUUUGGCCGAGCAGUGUAACGGUACGGCAGCGAGCGGAGCCGGUAAACAGACCCCAGAGAGCGGCUCCGGCCGGGACAAGACGCCGGUGAUCAGCAGCACCCCUCAGAAAGGAGGAGGCCGGGGCGUGCCGUCUCUGGACGAGUCUCCAGUACUGGUCAACCAGAGUGUGUUUCAGGACGAGAAACCCAAAUCCCCAUUCAUUGCAGUAGAGACGCUGGAGGACACGCAGGCUGUGCGCGCGGUCGCCUUCCACCCGUCUGGGACUCUCUAUGCUAUCGGCUCCAACUCCAAAACACUGCGUGUCUGCACUUACCCACAGUCCCUCAAAAACAGCACUGAAGCUCCAGCAAAGCAACCUGACAUCUGCUUCAAGCGAAUUAAACACCAUAAAGGCUCUAUUUACUGUGUGGCCUGGAGUCCCUGCGGGCAGCUUCUUGCCACGGGCUCCAAUGACAAGUAUGUCAAAGUUCUUCCUUUCAACGCAGACACCUGCAACGCUACAGGGCCGGAUCUAGAGUUCAGCAUGCAUGACGGCACUAUCAGAGACCUGGCGUUUAUGGAGGGUCCCGAGAGCGGAGGUGCCAUCCUCAUCAGUGCUGGGGCUGGAGACUGUAACAUCUACACCACUGACUGCCAGAGAGGACAGGGCCUGCACGCACUCAGCGGCCACACAGGGCACAUCCUGUCUCUGUACACGUGGGGCGGGUGGAUGAUUGCCUCUGGAUCUCAGGAUAAGACGGUGAGGUUUUGGGAUCUGCGCGUGCCCAGCUGUGUGAAGGUGGUUGGGACGGCUGUGCAUGGAACGGGAAGUGCUGUGGCCUCAGUAGCAGUGGACCCCAGUGGGCGGCUUAUGGCAACCGGAUUGGAGGACUGUCGCUGCAUGCUGUAUGACAUCAGAGGCGGGCGCAGCGUCCAGGCGUAUCGCCCGCACACCAGCGACGUUCGUUCUGUGCGCUUUUCUCCUGGAGCUCACUAUCUGCUCACCGGGUCCUAUGACAACAAAGUCAUGAUCACUGAUCUUCAAGGUGAUCUCACCAAAACCCUGCCAGUUACUGUGGUCGCCGAACACGGUGAUAAAGUGAUCCAAUGCCGAUGGCACACCAGAGACCUUUCCUUCCUGUCCUCUUCAGCUGAUAAGACGGUCACACUGUGGGCGUAUCAGCCUUGAUCCACAGAAACACUUAUCCUUCUGCAUUUAGAAAGACAGUUCAGAGUCAAAACCGACUCCAAAACGACUGUUCGUUCCCAGCCCAUCAUGUCUACAUUUGGAAUUGCACGUUUACUGGAAGAAAUAGCUUUAUUGUCAUAUGUAUUACAAUUCAGAAAAAAAAAAACACUUUUUUUCACUUACAAACACAGAACAUUUCACUCGUAGCAUUGCUUCUGUAUUUUGCUAUUUAGAGUGAAUGACACAGUCCUGAAAAUGUGAGCUGAAUUGUGCCUUGAGGAUGUUCUCUGUAGUUACACUUAUUCAACUGAAUGUCUUGUAAAUAUGAGCUCCUGUAUAGGCUUAAAUGCUAAUCAAGGCAUAAAACCAUUGUAUAGCACAUUGCACUAUGAACAUCAUGCCAACACUGUUUAUGCAGCAUGAAUAUUCAUCUCUUCAUUUAAAUAAAUGUAAAUAAAUCAACAGCCCGUACAGUAAAUGCUGAGGAUAAAUGUUUCACGAAAGUCAUCCUCGGUGUUGUUGAAACGGAUCGUGCAUUUUAGGAAUGCUUUUAUUUUGGAUUGCCAUUGUCCUAAUGCAUAUAUUUAUAUGCAUCAUUUUUGCACAUCAAUUCAGCACCUUUUUCUAUUGACACAGCAGAUACCAAUUAUAGGACUCUCUCAAUCAUUUGUUGUAUAAAGUAUGUAUUGUUAAAUUAUUUGAACAUGGAAAUAAACACAGUUUUCAACUAUG